AUGAUGAGGACCAACGAAGCAUCUUGUGAAUUCGAAUCUAUAACCAUUGAGGAACAAACACCAUUGAAGGUGUUCAAAGUAGAGCCAAAUCUCGUGGAUCCAAUCGAGGAAAACAGAGAACUUGAAGAGGAGUUGGACAAACUAUCAUCCGUGUUAUCAUCCACAACACGGACCUACAGCAGAAUUAAGAGCAGAGAGAAAACAAAAAUAGAACAACCGUCCUCCAGUGAGGAUGAGAGAGAAGAAGAGGAAUUAAAGAGGCCAGAUUUUGUAGCAGUACCGGUAGAAGAUGAAGAGCUGUACAACUUGCUAGGCACACCAGAAGAAUCAUUGGCUGACCCAGACCUUGAAUGUGAAAGGACAAAAAGAAGCAGAAAAAGAAAGAAGACGCUGUGUGAUCAAGCUAUGUCGCCAGCGAAACAGGUGAGGGAUUUGAUUUGAGUGCUCUGUGUCUGU